AUGCCUCCGACCGGCCAAGCAAAAGGGUACAGAGCGGUUUUUGAUCCUGAAGUGGACGACAAGCUCAGCAAAGAAGAGAAGAAGCGUUUAAAAGUUAAGACAAGGUCCUUCGGGUCCGAGUCACACCAAAACUCUCCGCCACCAGACCCCCGGUUGGCCAUAGUAGGCUACACCACUGGUAUGGCUGUACCUGCGACUGCAAAGUCAAAAACAAAGCUGCGAAUUGCUCCGUAUGUUUUGAAGCAGUAUGCAUACGACAAGGCCUCGUCAAUUGGCCCAGUACCACCCAAGCAGGUGGUCGUUUACGGCUUUGAUCCAAUCACUCCGGAAAACCAGAUCAAGUCGUACUUUGCCAUGUUUGGCGACAUUGCCGAGUUCCGAAACCAGACAGAUCCCGAUACCGGAAGUUUGUUGGGAAUCUGCCUGAUCAAAUACAAGGACAGCAAGCCGCCCAAAGGCCCGUCUGUCUCUGCUGCCAAUGCUGCAAAGCGCGCCGAAAAGGAAGGACACAAUGCGCGCAUUGGCUUGACCCAGGUCAGGGUCGAGCGUGAUCGCGAGGGUCGUAGAUGCAGAAAAUACAUCGAGAUCAAGCUCAGGAAGACGAGACACGAGAUGGAAAAAGAGGUGGCCAGAUACGCUCCUCGUACUCUUGUGGCAGUAGCCAAGACGGCUGGCUCUUCAACACCUGUGCCCCCACCUCCUCCGCCGCCGUUUGGUGGUCCCGAUCAGCUGCUUGCUCUGCCAGGUGGUGCGCCGAAAGUUUCGAAGGGUCCAGUUAUCAAGCGCGAGCGAGAGCGUGUAGUUUUGUCGGAGCAACCAUCAACUCCCAAGGAACGCGACACAGCUCGUUCCAUCAUUGAGUCGGAGCCGAUACUGACCAAGAUCAAGCGAAAGCCGUACAUCUUUGUUUCGCGCGAAAGUGUGCCUGUGUUGGGAUCUACCGUACCGCAUCUUAAGAAGAGGUUCAAAGCUUUCGACUGGCGGGAAAUCCGCGUUGACAAGACCGGUUACUUUGUCAUUUUUGACGACUCCAAGCGCGGCGAAGACGAGACAGUCAGGUGUUUCAAGGAGUGCAACAACGGUCCCAUGUUUACUUACAACAUGACCAUGGAGUGCCAGCAAUACGGCAAUCCCGACUACGUGCGUAGUCCAAGCCCCGAGACUCAGGCCGUUCAGAGCCGCAAGAAGGAGGAGAGUGAUCGAAUGGAGAGGUGGGCUGCCGAGGACUUGGAAGAAGAGAAGAAAGAAAGAGCGACGCAUUUGGACCCAGUGAAGGGCGCGCUCGAACUGUUACAAGUCGAACUGCGCAACAAGAUCAUGGACGACAUCAAAAGCCGCAUCGUUAUUCCGACACUCUACGACUGCCUUGAUCCCUCCAGACACGCCGCCAAACGCCAAAAGCUCGAUCUCCCAGAGCCUGCUGACAAUGAACACAAGCUGUCUACUUUGUUACUGAACAACACGACCCAGUCAUCAACAACUCGUGCCCGAAACGGACGUCCUUUGUCCCAACCACUCCGCCCACACGACCCUAACCGCGGACGACAAGUCACUACCAACGCCUAUAUGGAUGAGCGUCGUAAGCGUCGACCAGCCGCUCGCCCCGUUCGUAUUCGCAAUCUUCAAUUCUCACUGAGGGAUAAGCCUGACGAGGACGAGGUUGAUUCCGACGACGAAGACGACAGCAGAACACCAAUGGCUCGCGACACGGAAGAUCUAGAGAGCAGACCCAUCAGUCGUGCUAGCCGCACCUCGACUCCGUAUAGCAUAUCCGAGUCCAUCGACGUGCCCACACCUGAACCCGAGCCUGAACCAAAGAAGAGAAAGCUGGUUCACCAUCAGACUGACGCGGUACCGGAAGUCUUCCAGACACACCACAAGGAGCUUCUUGGUGACCUCCUCCAAAAAACCCCAGAAUUGAUGGCGGAUCGUGAAUUGGAGCAGAUCAUCAGUGUCCUCCCUCGCGAAUCUGCGUUCCAGACACGCGCACGUAGAGAGCUUCACACCAGACAGCGCGCCAAGUACGACAACGAAGACGCGCCUGCUACAACCAUCGAUGCCACAAAGUCAGGCUCGGCAAAGACAGGUGACAAGUCCGCGGCUCAAUCUGAAGAUCUGUCCGUCAAGCCGAUCAAGAAGGACGUCAGGCGCAAGCGCACAAAGUCCAAGAAGCAGAUCUCGGAUGCACGAAUUGCAGCAGAAGCAGCCAGAGCUGCCAAAGACCCCGACGCUAUGGACCACGAUGGUCAAGCAGACGAAAAGGACGUUGAUAUGGACUUUGGCGGAAACAUCGCCGAAGAGGAGGAACAAGAAGAGGAAGACCAACGUCCACAAGUUGAGUGGGCUGUCUCUACUGACCUGCCACGCAAGACUGUUGAAGACGACGAUGAUCUCUGGUUGGAUAUCGACGGUUGGCAGCACAUGAUCAAGGACGAGGAAGACAUGUGCUUCCUUGCAGCAGCCCUGGAGAACGUUGAAGUUGCAAACGUUGGAGACGUCAUCCUUUGGGCCAACAAGCAGAACGAGAUCAAGUCACUCAACGUUGUCGGUCCCCGUAAGUUAGGCAGAGCCGUCGUCGAGGGAUACUAUGUGGCAAACUCUACAGGUUCUGCCCGCACCGAAGGUGUCCACAAGAUCUUGGAAUCAGAAAAGUCCAAGUAUCUACCUCACCGCAUCAAGGGCAUCAAGGAGCGCGAAGAUCGCGAGGCCGCCGAAAAGGAAAACCCCAAUGCAGCCCAGGAGGCCAUAAAGGCCGCCGAGAUCGCAAAGGCCUUUAGCGCCGCCAAACUCGCCGCCGUGGCCAAUUCUCGCAAUAAUCGCGCUAACAACCGCCGCCUGGCCAACGACAUAACUACCCAAAAGCAAAACCUCACCGCCAUGGGUGGUGACAGCGACGCCAUCAAGUUCAAUGCGCUUAGAAAGCGCAAGAAGCAAGUUAAAUUCAACCGUUCUGGCAUCCAUAAUUGGGGCCUUUUCGCCUUGGAGAACAUUGUUGUCGGCGACUUCAUCAUCGAGUAUGUUGGCGAAAAGGUGCGUCAGAAGGUCGCCGACAUGCGCGAAACAAAGUACGACAAGCAAGGUGUUGGAAGCAGUUAUCUGUUCCGCAUGGGCGAAGACGAGAUUGUCGAUGCCACCAAGAAGGGCGGUAUUGCUCGCUUCAUCAACCACAGUUGUACCCCCAACUGCACUGCAAAGAUCAUCAAGGUCGAGGGAACACGCAGAAUUGUCAUCUAUGCGCUCAAGGACAUCGCUAAGACCGAGGAACUUACCUAUGAUUACAAAUUCGAGCGUGAAUCCAACAGUGACAACAGAAUCCCUUGUCUUUGCGGUUCGAUUGGCUGCAAGGGUUUCCUGAACUGA